AUGGCGGGGGCCCCAGUCACCGACCGGCACAUGGGUGGAGGCAACCAGAGGGUCGUUUUUGCCUUUGGCCAGAGGCAGGGGCCCGAGCAGGGCACUGCUGUUGUCCUCCUGGUACAGGCAGGAACGAGUCCUUGGGGGAAGCCCUGCGGCGUGGGCUCGCGGCCUUACCAAGCAGCUCUCCUCAGGAACGGCCGCAGCUUCUGUGGUGGGAGCCUGGUGCGCCCGAAGUGGGUACUAACUGCCGCGCACUGCAGAAUUGACAUCGGGUCAGUGCGGGUGCAUCUGGGGGAUUAUGACCUACGGGUGAGGGAAGGCACGGAACAGAUUCGAAGAAUCCGCAGCUACCACAGGCACCCCAGGUUUAAGGCCCAAGGUUUGGACAACGACUUCAUGCUUCUGGAGUUGAAUAAGCCUGUUCAACUCAACGACUUUGUGAAAACGAUCCGCCUGGCGACCCGUUGUCCCACUCCUGGAACGCGGUGCAGAGUCUCAGGAUGGGGCACCAUCACGUCCCCCAAAAAGCAGCGACCAGACGUCCUGCAGUGCGCAGAUAUCUACACCGUCAGCCGGGCCAGGUGCCUUGAGACUUAUCCAGGCAAGAUCACGGAGAACAUGUUCUGUGCUGGUGUGGAGCAGGGCGGCAUCGGCUCGUGCAAGGGCGAUUCAGGAAGCCCAGUGGUCUGCAAUGGGAGGCUGCAGGGCGUGGUCUCCUGGGGAAAAUUCAUCUGUGGCCAACCCGGAGAGCCCAGGGUCUACUCCAACGUCUGCAAAGCCGUGCGGUGGGUGAGGAACACCAUACGGAGGUGGUCGACUGAGAUCUCCCAGCCUGUCACAUCCACUACACAGAGACCGUCCACCCACCCGAAGACACCCCCAGACAACGAUUCCCUGUCGCUCUCUCCCAGCAGUAAACCAGUGACAAAGCCGACUGUAUCCAUCGCCAUGGCCGCCAUGCAGCUGCUGGUCCUCGCCAUGCUGGUCGCCAGGGCAGCAGCAGGCUCAGACUUAUACAUAAACCGGCUUGUCGGGGGAGCCAACUGCUCUGUCGGCUCCCGGCUCUACCAGGCGGCUCUCGUGAGGAGAGGCCGUAUCUACUGUGGGGGGAGCCUGAUACACCCGAAGUGGGUGCUAACUGCCGCACACUGCAGCAAACGGGUCAGCUCUGUGCGGGUACACCUGGGGGACUAUGACCUCCGGGCGAAGGAAGGCAGAGAACAAAUAAGACGAAUCCGCAACUACUAUGUGCACCCCAAGUAUCACCUUCGUCCUCGGGACAACGACUUCAUGCUUCUGGAGCUGGAUGAGCCGGCUGAACUCAACGACUAUGUGAACACAAUCAAACUGGCGACCCGUUGUUGCUCUUCUGGAACGCAGUGCACCGUGUCAGGAUGGGGCUCCAUCAGGUCCCCCAAAAAGAAAUUCCCCAGAAUCAUGCAGUGCGCAGAUCUCCAGACCGUCAGCCAUGCCGAUUGCAAGGACAGUUACCCGGGCAGGAUCACGAGGAACAUGUUGUGCGCUGGAGUAGAAGAGGGUGGAAUAGGCACGUGCCAGGGUGAUUCAGGAGGCCCGUUGGUCUGCGACGGGAGGCUGCAGGGCGUGGUCUCCUGGGGGUCAUCUGUCUGUGCCCUGCAUGGACGGCCCGGGGUCUUCGCCAAUGUCUGCAAAGCUUUCCGGUGGGUGAGGAACACCGUACGGAGGAGGUGCUCCGGGCUCGACUGAGAGCUCCCAGCGUGUCAUGCCUGCUACAAUAACCCUCCAGCCCCCACCCCAGCCGUGCUGCUCCUCCUCUUGCCAUGACAUUGAGCAACAGGGGAGGGAAGGGGCCUGAAUACAGUGCCAGGAGCUGGCCUAGGUGGGACUGGAAUGGAGACGCUGCAUUGGGGCCAGCCAAAGCAGCCAGUAGUAGUCAGGCCUGACCAUAUGCUGAGGUUGGAUUAAACAUGUGUGAGUGGUAUAAAAAGCAUGAGAUCGCCUGCAAAUUCACAAGGCAGGUUUAAAAAAGAAUGAGGUUGCCUUGAAAGUCACGAAUCAGCCUGAAGUGAAUGAAACUGGUUGAAAAGAAUCAAGCGACUGACUUAAAAUAUCAUGACAUUUGGAUUAGACUCAUCAGCUCAGCCUGAGAGCCACAAGUCUGCUUUGGAAAUCAUGAGAUCGCUGUUAAAGUCACAAGAUCAGCCUGACGCUUGUGAGAUGGGGCUAAGGAGCAUGAGACUGGAUUCUGAGGCUGGUUUUAAAAUGGCCCUCCAAGGUGCUCAGGGACUGUGAUCUGGUGUCUUGCAUUGGUAUGGCGGGGGAGGGCUUCACUUGCGUAGACGGCUUGGAAGUCCCGAAGUCUGAGGUCUGAUAGAUUUCAAGCUUUGCUGUGCUACUGAAACAUAGUGACAACGACAGAGCCCUGGCACUUGUUGUGUGCACAAGCCUUGCGAGUUCCUGAUCAGGUGAUUUUCCACCACAGCCCCCAAAUUGUUCUGAGAGUCUCUGCUUGUCCAGAUAGAGUCUCCCAUCUUCUAAGUCUGGCGAAUAUUCUUUUCAUUUACGUAUCAUUACAACCCUACCAAAUUCACAGCUGUGAAAAACACAUCUGUUCUUUUAUGCACUUUUACACAGAUUUCACAGGGGAGACCACUGUUUAGGGAGCUUGUGGAAUCUCCAUCAUUGGAAUAGUGAUAGAAAUGUA